AUGAAGACGUUUCAAAAGGACGACCACGUCGCUGCCAUGCGAUACGCCAUGGGUCUGGCUACCAAGUCUCCGCCAAAGCCGACCAAUUUUCGAGUUGGCGCUGUGCUGGUCAAGCUCGACGAUUCAUCAAUAACCACAGACGGCUUCACCUUGGAAUGUCCCGGAAACACACAUGCCGAAGAAAGCUGUUUUAUAAAGCUUGCCGAGCAUCAUUCAACCUCCGAAGAGCAUCUUGCCGAGGCCAUGAACAGCCCCCACGCUCUCUACACCACAAUGGAGCCCUGUUUCAAGCGGCUGAGCGGCAAAUUACCCUGCAUCGAGCGGGUGUUACGGCAAAAGACUUGGAUCACCAAGGUAUACGUGGGAGUACAAGAACCGGAAACGUUUGUUGGACAAAACACGGGCCGUCGCGUACUGGAAGAUGCCGGAAUAGAGGUCCAUCUGGUACCUGGGUUGGAGGCCGAAAUUCUCCAGAUUGCUACAGCUGGCCACCUAGCACCAGAAGCAUAG